AUGGCGGUCGUCGCAAGUGGCCCCCAGACGGUGCAAGAACCGCUUGCCUCUGCUCCCAAUACUGCACCAGCCCCAGCUUCUACUGGCAAUCACAACCUCGACACCCUACAGAGCAUGCUGAACCUCAUUUUCAUCCAAUCCGGCCGCUUCAUCAAAGAACACCAGGCCGGCGGAGGCACAGGACGCAUGAAGUUGGGCAUGCAGCGCACCGUACCCAUCGCCGCCGAACGCUUCCACGAUGCCCUCGACGAACUCGAGAACGAGGUCCGCUUGGCCCAGACCGUCCUUCGACGCGAUCUCGCCCUCAUAAAGGAGGACCGCAAGAAGCGGGAUGCUGCAGCCAAACAGGUCGAGGCCGAGCGCGCGAGGCUCGCGAUCGAAGCAAAGAACGCCCCCGUAGUCACUCCUGAAUCCCCCAGCCAGCCCGAGAAGGUGGCUACACCACCAGAGCCUGAGAUGGUGACAGAGAGCACACCGGCGCCAGUCGCAAAGGCCGACGAGCCAGAGCCCACUUCCCUGAAUCGAGAAGAAGAACAUGUCCCGCCGCCCAUCAAGACAGACGGAAACACUACACCUCGAGAUCCCCUGUUUGAUGGUACGCCAACCACGGCCAAUCCACAAGACAAUGAUUUCGACUUUGACGCCAUCUUUGGAGACGCCAUGGACACGACUGGUGAUGACAACCCAGACGACAUGAUGGACACAUCCGGCAACAUGGAUUUUAACCUCGACGACAGCAACGAAGGUCCUUCUUUACUUCGAGGUCUCGAGGACUUUGCCAAGGACGGCGAUGACGGCGAUGCAGAUCAAGGCAAUAGCAUGGACAUUGAUCUUGGUAUGGGAGACAGCAUGCCGACCAGUCAACCCAACCAGCCAGAGUCGAACGAGCCCGCGACAGCCUCCAAACAGGAAACCGCACCUGUGCCUGCGCCUCCACCUGCACCCACGACUGCACCAGAGCCCACGCCCGCACCCAAAGCCGACGAGCCCAAGCCAGCGGUCGAACCAGCAACAUCUCAGCCCGAGGAGGAAGAAAUGAAGGACGCUACAGCCCAGGAGGAUCUCAUGGCAACCAUGACCACCGACAAUCUCGACGACCUUUUCAACAUGGACGAGUACGAGAAUCCAGAGAAUUCAUCCUUUGACGACGCCUUCUUCAACUUUGGCGAUUAG